AUGAAAUUUAUGAAGGAGGAAACUAUUAAAGCGGCCUCACAUCAAGUUAGAGGAUUUGACCGUCACGAUUACAGUUUCAUUGUUGACGAGAUAAAUGAUCACAACAAGGGUUGGCCUACGAGAUACUAUAGGGUGGAAACUCAUAAAAAUUGGUGCGACUGCGGAAAGUUUCAAACCUUCUGUAUGCCUUGUUUCCAUGUCAUUGCGGCAUGUUUCAAUGUUCGUCAAAACCCAUUCUUGCAACUAUCAGAAGUUUACAAGGUCAGUAACUUAUUCGGUAUCUCCAAAAAUAGAUUUCCAAUGGUAGCUAUUGAGGACUAUUGGCCUACCUAUCAAGGGGGCACAAGUUACCACAAUGAAAACAUGAGAAGAAACAAAAAAGGUCGCCCCAGAAGCACGGGAAUUAGAAAUGAAAUGGAUACAACUGAGAAAAUGGAAAGAUUGUGUGGAAUAUGUCGUCUUCCCGGUUAUACAAGGAAACGUUGUCCCAAUAUUGGAACAAGUUCUAAAUAG